UCUCUCCUCUCUCUCUCUCUCUCUCUCUCUCUCUCUCUCUCUCUCUCUCUCUCCUCUCUCUCUCUCUCUCUCCUCUCUCUCUCUCUCUCUCUCUCUCUUUUUCUGUUAUUGUUGUUUGCUUCGGUUAGUCAUGUAAAAAGUAUGUAAACGCAAUGAGUAAUAUUCUAAGAUUUAAUAUAAAGUUACUAAAGUAUGAAUCAUGAAAUUAUAGAAUAAAAUUUUCUUCACGAAGGUACAACUAGUACAGCUCAUUACACAAAACUCGUUAACAACUGGUUUUACUAGUAUAGCUAAUGUAGUAUUACUGAUAUUGUUCAUACGAAACGUACUAGUCAUGUUGACAUGUUAUAAAACUGGUCGUUGAUGAUUGGUCAACAGGAACCACUCGAUCAGUCCAUCUCUGUUGCAAUGAGAGCCGUUGGAUCAUGAGAAGAAAGAAAGAGAUGAAAUAUUAACAACAUUGCCAUUAAUGAAACUUAACCCAGACUGUCGGAUCUUCUCACUAUGUUUAAUAUUCACCAUUGUUUCAAUCAUCUCUCCUUAUCUUUCACGCCUGGGUCCCACAUCCUCUUUAGCCACUCUUCUUCUUCUUCAUAACACCUUCAACUACACUCAACCACCACAAACUUCAACAAGAAAAGUUCUCUUCUUCAACUCUUCAUCCACAAACCUUUUCCUCUGUUUAUUAGAGCCCUUCUACAGUUUAGGACACCGAGAAAUAAUACAUCUGCGUCCUCCUUGGUUCUACAAUAACUUGGUAUGACGAUUGAUCAGUUGCCUAAAUGCUUAUUCAAAGAGGGAACUGAAACACAAGUUGAGAAGGUCAACAACAGUUGUCGAACUUCCAUACUUGCGAAGGUGGCGAAGUACUGUCCAGACGAGUACAAAGAAGUGUCGGAGGAUCCGCUAUUUGCUCAGAUUGUGGCCAUUCAUGUACACAAGCUUCAGUUUUCGGCAAGAGCGAGCCACACCUUCGUUUGCAAGCAGCUUCUGUCCGCAAAGCGUUAUGAGUUGUGGUUCCAUUAUGCUAGGAGGCCUCUCAGAUUUUCAAUGCAAGAAUUCUAUGCCAUCACAGGUUUGAAAUACAAUGACGAGCCCGACUUGGAGAUUGAUGACUGGGAAUAUGAUGGAGGGUUUUGGAGUAAGUUGCUAAGGAGACAGAAAAAUAUUUCGGUUCAGCAAAUCAGGAAGGUUCAUGUGAAGUUGUGUAAUACAUGGUCUCGUGUUGAUAGGCUGCGGUUGGUCUAUUUGUGUGUGAUUGCUGGUAUUCUUAUGGCGAAGGAUGAGAAGGUGUGGAUCCCAUACAAGUACAUCAAGCUCGUGAUGAACUUCGAGAAGAUGAGGAAAUAUCCGUGGGGUCUUCACUCUUUUGAUAUGCUGGUGAGUUCCAUUAUUAACGCUAGGGAUAAAGUGAAGACGCAAAACAGUUAUGUCGUAGAUGGAUUCUCGUAUGCACUUCAGAUUUGGUUGAUGGAAGCUGUUCCGGACAUUGGGUCUCUUUGGGUCAGAAACUGAGAGAAGGCGUGACUACCAUGAGGUGCAGGAAUUGGA